AUGCCUCCAAACGCAAUCGCAAAUGCAAGCCGAGCAGUCAGUGAGGUAUGCCUGUCGUGUCAGACGGAUAGCAAGAUCGCGAACGUUAGCUUGUAUACUGGCCUGGCGGAGGUGACGCGUGUUUUUGAACCAAAGCUCAAGAAAGGCGACAAUAAGGUCAUUGUGUCCGGUCUUCCUGAUGUGCUGGUCCCAGAUUCUCUUCGAGUUGAAGGUCGCGGUCAAUGUACAAUUUAUGAAGUUUCACUCUCCGAUAUUCCUUCUUCGGGUCCUAUGACGACCUCUGAUCGUCUUGAAGACUUGAUAAAGCAGAAGAUUCGGUUGGAGAAAGCGUUGAUGCGGUGCCAUAAAGCGAUCGCGGCAGUUCAGUCUUUCCAGAACAGUAUUGCCGUGCGACAUGUCAAGGCAGAUGAGUUGGCCAAUUUGCAGCGAGGAAUUGACGCGGCUGCAGAGGAAUGGGAUCUCAAGCAGCUUGAUUUGGAAGAGCAAAUUACAGAGGUUACUAGAGACAUUGAGCAAGAGCAAGUAGCAUUGGGCGAGGUCAAAGUGGAUAAUAAGCUGCGCAAACGUGUCUACAUAACUCUCGUCGCAGACAAAGAAUGCGACGUUGAGAUUGUUUUGAAAUACGCUGUUUCCAGCGCUACCUGGGACCCUACUUACGCUAUCUACGUGAAAAUGGACACCAAGGAAAAGGCGGUAAAGCUUAUAUACAAAGCAGCCAUCUCACAAAAUACAGGAGAGUCCUGGAAUGAUAUUCCAUUGACUUUGGAGACAGUGACGCCCACAACAGGACUCAAUAUCCCGGAAUUGCAGCCAUGGACGCUUUCUAUGUAUAAGCCCAUGUACGGAAAGUACCUGAGAAAAAGUGCUGCUGCCUCCAGCCUUAACACGUUCGGCGGCCACUCAAUGAGAAAAGAAUCUGCAGCUAGUUCCGAUUCUGAAUCUGAUGGAGGUCCACCUAGAGGAGGAGGAAGACUGCAUAGUUCGCGACCGCCCAACAUCAAGGCCCGAGGCUUGACAGUCACAUCGAAAGGGGACAUCAAUGCAACGUUCUCGGUCCCUGGAUUAAUGACGAUUCCGAGUGACGGCGCUUCUCAUACCGUGACUAUAAUGGAAGUGUAUUUGGACGCAGCCAUGUCCUGGGUUACGGUCCCAAAAAAAUCGCCAAAGGCUCAUUUAACUGCAAAAAUAAAGAAUGACUCUGAAUAUACCCUUUUACGCGGCAUAGCAAGCAUCUACGUCAAUGGAAGUUUCAUCUCGCGCUCUGAUAUCCCGACUGUUAGCCCACAGGAAAGUUUUGAUUGUCCUCUUGGCAUCGACCCUGCAGUUCGCAUCACCUAUCACCCUCGUAGCAAGAAAGUCACUCAACCCAGCUUUACGCGCCGAAACUCUACGUACCUUUUUUCUCAACGCAUCAGCAUCAGUAACACCAAAGCGACGCCCAUCAGCUACCUGAAAGUACGCGAGCAGGUGCCUGUAUCAGAGGACAGCAAUAUUACAGUCAACCUGACCUCUCCGGGUCUCGUACUACCUCAGGCGAACAAAAAGGGUGUCAUUAUUGUACCGGAGCCAGUGAAGAUUAGCUCUCAGGUAGUGGCGCGGUGGGAAGGCGCGGAUGAGCCGGAGAUGGAUCCAGGGCAGGUUGGAAAGGAUGGCAAGUUUAAUUGGGUUUGUUCGCUGCAGGCCCAAGGGAAACUUGUCCUUCUUUUAUCCUGGGAGGUUGUCUGUCCUCCUGGUACGAAUAUUGAAGGACUGGAUGCAUAG